AUGGGACGACAAGGGCCAGCCAAGGGGCGCUAUGUCAAAUGUCUUAUUUUCGUCUUUCUGGCCGUUAACAUCGAAGUCGCCAAUGCCCAGUAUCUCGAGAAACCAUACCAACAGCAGCAACCGAUCGUACUCCAGCCGUUUUUAAGGUGUGAUUGCCCCACUUUCGGGUAUCGACUGAAUUGGGAGAUCGGGAACAACAUCCGCCCGAAUCCGGCCCAGGUUCCUAACGCACUUUAUUGCCAGGAGAUCCCCGCUUUGAUGGCACAUCCAGCUAAUCCGUUUUUGACUUGA